AUGGGCUACUUUCCAGUGGUCCUGCUCCUCUGCAGUCUCCAUGCACUCACAGCUGUAGUCCAAGCCCAGCAAAGAGAUACUGUUGAUCAGGACAGUUCUUUAUUCCCAGUGGAAGCCACUGAAGCACCUCCUGGGACUACCUUGCUAGACAACUGCAGAGAAGAGAUGUACCCAUGCACCAGGAUGUACUCUGUCCAUCGUCCCAUCAAGAGAUGCAUCGGUGGGCGCUGCUUUUAUAGCCUCCCUCGAGUAUAUGUUAUCAACAAUGAGAUUUGUUCAAGAACCGUGUGCCCACAAGACGAACAUCUAAAAGCCGAGCUGUGCCGAGAGUUGUCCGGCUGGCCCAGGCGCAUCAGCAGGUCAUCCAAUAGGAAACGCUGUCGCAAUCGCCGUGGCAACCCGAAAACCUGGGCAAACAAGGCUUGA